AUGGAUGAGGAAAACAUGACGAAAAGCGAGGAGCAGCAGCCUCUGAGUUUGCAAAAAGCCUUACAGCAGUGCGAGUUGGUCCAAAACAUGAUAGACCUGAGCAUCUCCAACCUGGAAGGGCUUAGGACCAAAUGUGCUACUUCCAACGACCUCACACAAAAAGAAAUCCGGACCCUGGAGAGCAAGCUGGUGAAGUACUUCAGCCGGCAGCUGUCCUGCAAAAAGAAGGUAGCCCUGCAGGAACGCAAUGCCGAGCUGGACGGCUUCCCCCAGCUCCGGCACUGGUUCCGGAUCGUCGACGUGCGGAAGGAAGUCCUGGAGGAGAUCACCCCGGGCCAGCUGAGUCUGGAGGACCUCUUGGAGAUGACGGACGAGCAGGUGUGUGAGACCGUGGAGAAAUACGGGGCCAACCGGGAGGAGUGUGCCCGCCUCAAUGCCUCCCUCUCCUGCCUCCGGAACGUCCACAUGUCAGGAGGCAACCUUUCCAAACAAGACUGGACCAUCCAGUGGCCCACCACGGAGACGGGGAAGGAGAACAACCCCGUGUGCCCCCCGGAGCCGACCCCGUGGAUCCGCACCCACCUCUCCCAGAGCCCCAGGGUCCCGUCCAAGUGCGUCCAGCACUACUGUCACGCCAGCCCCAGCCCGGGGGCCCCCGUGUACACCCACGUGGACAGGCUCACGGUGGACGCCUACCCGGGCCUGUGCCCACCCCUGCCACUGGAGUCGGGCCACCGGUCCCUGCCUCCGUCGCCCCGGCAGCGGCACACGGUCCGCACCCCGCCGCGCACCCCCAACAUCGUCACCACCGUGACCCCGCCCGGCACGCCACCCGUGAGGCGGAAGAACAAGCUGAAGCCCCCGGGGACCCCGCCGCCCUCCUCCCGGAAGCUGAUCCACCUGAUACCGGGGUUCACGGCCCUGCAUCGGAGCAAGUCCCACGAGUUCCAGCUGGGUCACCGCGUAGACGAGGCCCACACGCCCAAAGCCAAGAAGAAAAGCAAGCCGUUGAACCUCAAGAUCCACAGCAGCGUGGGCAGCUGUGAGAAUAUCCCCUCCCAGCAGCGCUCCCCGCUGCUGUCUGAGCGCUCCCUCCGCUCCUUCUUCGUGGGACACGCGCCCUUCCUGCCCUCCACCCCUCCCGUCCACUCCGAGGCCAACUUCUCCUCAAACACACUGUCAGUGCCACGCUGGUCCCCACAGAUCCCUCGCAGAGACCUCGGCAACUCCAUCAAGCACAGGUUUUCCACGAAGUACUGGAUGUCUCAGACAUGCACAGUCUGUGGGAAGGGGAUGCUUUUUGGCCUCAAGUGUAAAAACUGCAAGUUAAAGUGCCACAACAAAUGCACCAAAGAAGCCCCACCCUGUCAUCUCCUGAUCAUCCACCGAGGGGAUCCAGCAAGGUUAGUCCGGACAGAGUCCGUUCCGUGUGACAUCAACAACCCUCUACGAAAGCCACCCCGGUAUUCGGACUUGCACAUCAGCCAGACGCUCCCUAAAACCAACAAAAUCAACAAGGACCACAUCCCUGUUCCUUACCAGCCAGACUCUAGCAGCAAUCCCUCGUCCACAACGUCCUCCACGCCCUCCUCGCCAGCACCCCCGCUCCCUCCCAGUGCCACGCCGCCUUCUCCCCUACACCCUUCUCCGCAGUGCACAAGGCAGCAGAAGAACCUCAACCUGCCAGCGUCCCACUACUACAAAUACAGGCAGCAGUUCAUUUUCCCAGAUGUGGUGCCGGUGCCAGAGACGCCAACCCGGGCGCCCCAGGUCAUCCUGCAUCCAGUGACCUCGAAUCCAAUCUUGGAAGGAAAUCCAUUACUUCAAAUUGAAGUGGAGCCAACCUCAGAGAACGAAGAGGGUCACGAUGAGGCCGAGGAGUCGGAGGAUGACUUUGAGGAGAUGAACCUGUCCCUCCUCUCGGCCCGGAGCUUCCCACGCAAGGCUAGCCAGACCAGCAUCUUCCUUCAGGAGUGGGACAUCCCCUUUGAGCAGCUGGAGAUCGGCGAGCUCAUCGGAAAGGGCCGCUUCGGGCAGGUGUACCACGGCCGCUGGCACGGGGAGGUGGCCAUCCGGCUGAUCGACAUUGAGAGGGAUAACGAGGAGCAGCUCAAGGCCUUCAAGCGGGAGGUGAUGGCCUACAGGCAGACGCGGCACGAGAACGUGGUGCUCUUCAUGGGCGCCUGCAUGAGCCCGCCCCACCUGGCCAUCAUCACCAGCCUCUGUAAGGGCCGGACACUCUACUCUGUGGUGAGGGAUGCCAAGAUCGUCUUGGAUGUCAACAAAACGAGGCAGAUUGCCCAAGAAAUUGUGAAGGGCAUGGGCUACCUCCACGCCAAGGGAAUCCUGCACAAGGACCUCAAGUCCAAGAACGUCUUCUACGACAACGGCAAAGUGGUGAUCACAGACUUCGGGCUCUUCAGCAUUUCCGGGGUGCUGCAGGCUGGCAGGCGUGAUGACAAGCUGCGUAUCCAGAGCGGCUGGCUGUGCCACUUGGCCCCGGAGAUCAUCCGCCAGCUGUCUCCCGACACAGAGGAAGACAAGCUCCCCUUCUCCAAACACUCGGACGUCUUUGCGCUCGGGACAAUCUGGUAUGAACUCCAUGCCAGAGAGUGGCCUUUCAAGACCCAACCAGCAGAGGCAAUAAUCUGGCAAAUGGGCACAGGCAUGAAACCCAACCUCAGCCAGAUCGGCAUGGGAAAAGAAAUCUCGGACAUUCUUCUCUUCUGCUGGGCCUUUGAACAAGAAGAGAGACCUACCUUUACCAAGCUCAUGGACAUGCUGGAGAAACUGCCAAAGCGAAACCGCCGCCUGUCUCACCCUGGACAUUUCUGGAAGUCUGCAGAGUAA